UUUACGUACGACCUAUUGUGUAUGACAUUAUAGUUAUACAUAUCACAAUAAACGUAUAAAAGGAAGCGUUCUUGAUUUUGUAAUUUAGUAUUAUCAUACAUCCAGCAGCUACAGCAAGUCACGUAUAGUUUAACAUGUUAAUGUCAGUGAUUAUUGUCUUGGUUUUAAUAUUCGCGUUUCGUACUUAUCUACGGAUGACUAAGCAAAUGUGCGAUCAGAAUGUUUCUAUGGUCGGCAGAGUUGUUAUAGUGACGGGAGCCAAUUCGGGAAUUGGUUUUCAGACCGCUAAAGAUUUAGCUCGACGGGGCGCCAGAGUGAUACUUGGGUGCAGGAGCGUCGAUCGAGGCACCAAAGCCAGAGACGAGAUCAUAUCCGUUACAAACAACAAAAACGUUGUGUUCAAACAAAUCGAUUUAUCAUCGUUAAGAUCUGUGAGGGAGUUCGCGAAAGAUAUCAUCGAGACGGAGAAUGAGCUUCAUGUAUUGAUCAACAACGCGGGAAUGUUUAGCAGCGAGAAGAGCUACACAGAAGACGGAAUAGAUACGGUGAUGCAAGUCAACUAUUUUGGGCCGUUCUUACUGACGCGACUGCUUUUACCGCUGCUAAAAAAAUCUCAACCGAGCCGAAUUGUCAACGUCAGUUCAAUAUUUAAUUUAUUCGGUACAAUUAAUUUUAAGGAUGAUAACCACAAAUCUUUCUAUAACGGUAUUCUCACGUAUUGUAACAGCAAGCUGUGCAAUUUGAUUUUUACGAUAGAAUUGUCGGAAAGGCUGCGCGAUACGGGCGUUGUCGUUAACGCUGUCCAUCCCGGUAUCAUCUUGACUAAUAUAACGAAUGGCUGUUCGAAUUUACUGUACAGAGUUGGAUUCGCUGUCCUCUGUUGGUUCAACAACUUAACAGACGAAGACGGUGCUCAAACUCCGCUCCAUUUAGCGACUAGUGAUAUAGGAGGGAACGCUACAGGUAAAUUCUUUAUCAAUUGUUCAGAAUCUUCACUCGUGUCUCCAAAAACACGGAAUGAAGUUCUCCGAAAGAAAUUGUGGGAGCACUCAAAUAAAUUAAUACGAUUCGAUGAAAGUUCUGUGCAAUUAUAAAAUAGAAAUUGUUGAUAAAAUUCUGGUUGACUAGGUUUUUUGUCGAUCCGUCUUUUAUUAAAAUCUGUCUGGAUAUUGUAUCGGAUGAUUAGUUCUUUAGUUAAAAAAUCAUGGAAAACUGUCCUCUAUUCCUGGUUUGAUGUUUAUUAGUCGUAAAAAAAAGGUUAAAUAAAAAACAAUUAAUUUGUAAA